CCCCAGCCCCGGCCGAUCUACAGUCAGCCUCCCGCGUCCCCCGACCCCUUCUUCGCAUGUCGGCUGUUCCUGUGGAUGCCCCACAGGAUCUGGCGCCUGCAGCUGACAUGCCCCCAGCCUUUGUGCAACGGGUCCAUGACAAAGGGUGGGCUGUACAGGACCAUCCGGAGGGUCCUGGACAUUGACGGCUGGUAUCUCAUGGCCACUGAGUACCUAGAGUGCUGUCAGUGUGUCGCCACGGAGAGCCACGAGCUGUACCCCAUCUUCAUGAGGCAGCUGUCUCACUGCAUCUUCGAGGUGGAUCCCGGAGAUGCACGCCAUCUCGCCGAGGCUAAGCGGUCUGAGCUUGAGGGGAAGCACGGGAUGGUUGGCCUGACGGACGCCGAGGUGAUCCAGAGGAUCUCCAGGGAGGAGUGGAGGCUCCACUGCAAACGGAGGACGCGUGGAGCCGAGGAGAUGGCGCUCCUCAUCCAGGACCUCCUCGACACCUUCGGCGGACCAGCAGGACACGACACCCUGGACGUCCCGUUGCUUGAUGCUCUCCGCAUCCAGGACAUCUGGAGCACGCAGAGGCGCCACCUCAGCUGCAUUCAAGACCCACAGGGGGUGCGGCUUUACACCGAAACCGGUAGGCUGACCAAAGGCGGGGUCAGCCUGCCGAUCUACCGCUGCGCGAAGGGCUCCACAUCUCUGGAGUCCUUCACCUCCACCUCAACCGGUUCAUCCCAGGCGUUCCUGGUUGAUGGACUGGUGAGGUGGAACGAAGACCGUGCAGCAGCUGCUGCACCUCCGGUUGCAGAUGAGGGACAGGUGACGCCUCUGCACUCCUACAGUGGCCACCUCAAGCACGCCCUUAACCUGAAGAGCCAAAGAGUGCUUGGCCUUCAGAUGGUUAGGGAUUUCACAAAACCUGCUGCGUACACAGGGGAGCUCAUCGGGGGUGGAGUACCUGUACCAGCAGACGGGUUGCGUGCUUGA